UGCAGCUAACCAAACGCACAGGCACACACACAGACAAGGCUCUCCUGCUCCACCGAAGGCACCGGGGCGGAGACCGGCUGGAGGGAGUGCGCGCGGGGGUGCGCGCACAAACACACACACACACAUACACACACACACGCACACACGCACACCCGGGUGCGGGUUGGCCGGAGCUUAAAUCCGCAGACUCCUCUAGGAAAUCGCCAGAGGCACUGGAAUAGGUGUCGCUGCCCCCCUACACACACACACACACACACACACCCUGAUUACUACUUCCCCAAACACUUCUGUGAAGCCAUGAAUCCUGCCCGGCUCGCCGCUGCUUCCAGGUCUUGGUUCUGUGUUGGUCUCCACCGUCGCCUUCCCGAAAGCCAGAUCAAGGGAGAGAGCGAGCGGACGACGGGCUCCGGACUCUAAGCCGAGCUCAGCCCGCACCCGGGGCGGCUCGCCCUGAACCCGCGGAAGGGCUUCUCGCUCCCGCCAGCCUCCACCAAACCAAAGCCAGGGUAGGCAGCUGGGGCUGAACCAGAGACAGGUUUACAUGUUAAUUUGGCUACUUGGCUACCACUUAGAGAACACAAAAUGAAUAACUCUACAAACUCAUCCAAUAAUGGCUUGGCCCUUACCAGUCCUUAUAAGACAUUUGAAGUGGUAUUCAUUGUCCUUGUGGCUGGAUCCCUCAGUUUGGUGACAAUUAUUGGGAACAUCCUGGUCAUGGUUUCCAUUAAAGUCAACCGCCACCUCCAAACUGUCAACAAUUACUUUUUGUUCAGCUUGGCCUGUGCUGACCUCAUCAUAGGUGUUUUCUCCAUGAACUUGUACACGCUGUAUACUGUGAUUGGCUACUGGCCUUUGGGACCUGUUGUGUGUGACCUUUGGCUAGCCCUGGACUAUGUGGUCAGCAAUGCUUCAGUUAUGAACCUCCUUAUCAUCAGCUUUGACAGGUACUUCUGUGUCACGAAACCCCUGACCUACCCAGUCAAGCGGACCACAAAGAUGGCAGGAAUGAUGAUCGCAGCCGCCUGGGUUCUCUCCUUCAUCCUCUGGGCGCCAGCCAUUCUGUUCUGGCAGUUCAUCGUGGGAGUAAGAACGGUGAAGGACGGGGAAUGCUACAUCCAGUUUUUUUCCAAUGCUGCUGUCACCUUUGGCACUGCCAUUGCAGCCUUCUAUCUGCCAGUGAUCAUCAUGACUGUGCUCUAUUGGCACAUCUCACGAGCCAGCAAGAGCAGGAUAAAGAAGGACAAGAAGGAGCCUGUGGCCAACCAAGAUCCGGUGUCCCCAAGUCUUGUACAGGGGAGGAUAGUCAAGCCAAACAACAACACCAUGCCCAGCAGUGACGGUGGCCUGGAGCACAACAAAAUCCAAAAUGGCAAAGCCCCCAGAGAUGCUAUGACUGAAAACUGUGUGCCAGGGGAGGAGAAAGAGAGCUCCAACGACUCCACGUCAGUCAGCGCUGUUGCCUCUAAUAUGAGAGAUGACGAAAUCACCCAGGAUGAAAACACAGUCUCCACUUCCCUGGGUCAUUCCAAAGAUGAGAACUCUAAGCAAACCUGCAUCAAAAUUGUCACCAAGACCCCCAAAGGUGACUCGUGUACCCCAAGUAAUACCACGGUGGAGCUAGUUGGGUCUUCAGGUCAGAAUGGAGAUGAGAAACAGAACAUUGUAGCCCGCAAGAUUGUGAAGAUGACUAAGCAGCCUGCCAAAAAGAAGCCUCCUCCUUCCCGGGAGAAGAAAGUCACUAGGACGAUCCUGGCGAUUCUGUUGGCUUUCAUCAUCACCUGGGCCCCAUACAAUGUCAUGGUGCUCAUUAACACCUUCUGUACACCCUGUAUCCCCAACACUGUGUGGACAAUUGGUUACUGGCUCUGUUACAUCAACAGCACCAUCAACCCGGCCUGCUAUGCACUUUGUAAUGCCACCUUCAAGAAGACUUUUAAACACCUCCUCAUGUGUCAUUACAAGAACAUAGGCGCUACAAGGUAAAACAUCUUGGAAAGAAGGUGGGAAGACUAAAAGGGAUAAAAGAACUGGUUUUAAAUCUCUGCCAUUGCACUUUAUAGUCUUAUUAUGGAAUGUGAGAGUAAGGAGUCCAACAGUGACACUCUCAUGCCUAUGUUACAGUUUGAAAACCUUGUACCUUACAAACACUGUCAGUUUCAGAGCGAUGAGUCAAUGAAAGAGACGUGUCGGAAUUGUGGAUUUAAGGAAUAAUCUAUGCUUUCUCAUAUUCUCUUGAAGAAGGGCUUCUGAAUCUACAAUUUUACCAAUCUCUGCACAAGAAGUGUAACCUCAUUCCUUUUUUUGUUAUUUUUUGUUUGUUUUCAUGUGUGCAUAUGAAGAUGAAAUGCCAUUAUUGCAAGCCAACAUAGAGAUAGAAACUUAAAGAAAGAGAAUGUAAAGACAGAGAGGCAACAAAAGAAAAUUCAAAAAAGAAAGGAUGCAAAAAUGAUCUCCAGAGGGUUAGGCAUCUACUGUUAUUUUGUUGUGGUCUUAUUUGGAGGGUUGAAUGUAAUAUGAUGUUUUUUCAUCUUUCCUUUUUCCCACUAUGAAAAGAAAGCAGACAAACAAAAAUCCCAACUAGGUCACACCAUUUUUAUUCUUGUUAUAGCAUUACUUUUGUACUUGCCAAUUUUACAUUAUGGAUGGACAAUGCCUGCAAGACUUACACUAAAUCCAGGCAGAGACACCCUGACACUAUGUCUUUUACAUUCUUUGAGGUAUAAAAGCCUAUAAAGAUUUAGUUCCCUUAGAUUCCCAUAAGUCUGGUUUACUCUUUACCUAACAUUUUAUUUUAAUAGAAUAAAUGUGCUUGAGAAAGCAAAGUCAUCAUAAAAUUGAGGCUUAAUCAAAUUAAAUAUUGGUCAAUAUAAUUGGAGAAAGUGAGGCCAAAUGAAUUUUGAGAUAGGAAAAUAAAAGGAUAGAAGGGCAUUCUAUUUCGAUCUGAAUCAAACUGACUCACAAAGGAAAUGUUAACUUGUGAAAUAGGAACUCCUGACUUUUGUCAGCAGGAAGAAAAUGCUGCUUUAUUCAUUUAGAAUCCUAAACAAGAUUAAGAUAUUCACAGGGCAUCAGUGACUACUGGGUCAGUCCCAAGAGACUGAGCUCUGCUAAAUGAUAUUCAAAUUAUAAUCAAGUGAGGUUUUCUAUAACCAUCCUAGGAGCCAGUGAGAGGAAGAAAAGGAAAUGCAUAUUCCUAAAAGAGUCAGUUCACCCUACAAGUUUUAAAAUUCUCCAUUAAUAGAAUGAUAGUAAUCUCUAUGACAAAAAUGUAGUGAAUAAAAAAACAGAGGCCAAAUGAACUCACCGAAUCUGACAGAAGAAUGUAGAUGGCUGUUGUCAUGUUCUCUUCUCACCCUGAUUCCACACCACAAAAUGUCAUGUCAGACACUAUUAUCUAAAUGGUGACAUCAUACAGAAUCUUGCCUGUGUAGGGACAUUGUAGUCCAAGUAAAUACAGUAUUAUAUUGAUUCACAUUUAACUACUUUUUAUCCCUCAUAUGAUUUUCUAACACUACUUGCUAUAGUCUUCCAAUCAAAUUUUUAAAGGCUCAAUCAAUAGACAUCAAAUUUAUAUUAUUUUCAAAUUUUAUAUUUUGCAUUAUAGAUUUUGUGAUAUCCUUCUCAGUACUAUUGAUGUGAGUUACAUGAUGAAUUAGUCAGUAUUAGACCACAGAACUUAUUAGAAGUAUUUUAAAUGACUUGGCACAUUGACAAUAUCUCAACAACUUGUAGACUUUUUUUUUUUUAAUAAGCACAAGGGAAACAACAGCAAAAAGUUGUAAGUUAGCAAAAAGCAAAUUGCCAACAAUAUUUAUAUCUUUGCUAAAUAACUUCUUGUUUGAAUAGCUAGUCAUUUUCCCCACCAGCAUGGUCUAUGUGUAAAUUUAUAGCGUCAGUUCAUAUAGAUUCCUUUACAAAGACUCAAUGACAUCCGUGUGAACUUCCACAUUUUAAAUCCAUAUUCAUUGUUAUGUUGUUCAUUCAAAUGAACGUGUCAGUUGAGUGGAAAGAACUCUGGGCCAGUGAGCUUCUGGUUUCCUGUAAAUAAAACUGGCUGACUGGCCUAGAAUAUCACGCUUUAAUUUGUAGUAUUACUGUAAUGUAGAUACAGAUUCAGUUGGAAUGACCCCUUUGGAGCUAAGCCAUCAGAAUUCGGUCUCCUUUUGUUUGCUCUAACAGUCCCACUCACUAUGAGUCCAGUUGUCCCUUACUCUCUGUUGCCAUUGUAUCCUUGCCUUUCUUCUGUUCUCCAUCAUCACCAGAGCCACCACAACUGUACUGAAAGAGAAACUGUCAAGCUAAAGAAAAGGAUUGGAGGUAGACUGACACACCAUGGAAACUUGUUCAACCGGAAUCAUAAAAGUGAAAGGAAUACUGAAAAGAAUUGUAGAGAAAUAGAAACUGUAUUCAACAAUGUGUACUAACUAUUGCUGAAUUUGUCUAUUUCAGAGGCUCUUGGCCAGGGACAAUCCCUCCCAGGGGACAUUUAUCAAUGUACAGAGAUAUUUUUGAUUGUCACAGCAGGGAGAAAGGUAUUUAGUAGGUAGAGGCUAGGACUGCUUCUAGUAGUGCAUUUUAAAGCUACAAUGCCCAGAUCAGUUCCCUACCCACUCCAAAAGAUUCAUUUGACUCAAAAUGUCAAAAUAGUUCCAACGUUCAGAAACUGUUAUUUAUCUUAAAGAAUUUCCAUAGCUUGCUUCCUGUAAGUGGAAAAAUAACCCUGCAUCAUUUGUAGAAUUUUAAUGCAAAUUGCUCACCUGUGGGAAAAAAGUAAUGCUCACCAAUCACGUAUCAGAAACACUCAACUGUUGAGUUGCUUUUAUUUAUAAUUCACAUUGGGAAAACAGAUCACAUGUAUAUUUCAGAAACCACCAGACCAUGCACAUGGCACAUUGUUCCACCAUUUUUAUGUCUGAUUAUAAUUGCUACACAGUCUAGUCAACUGGGGUUCCAGUAGUUGCCCAUCAAAAUGGUUGUAGUUGAUACAGUCAGUUUCUGUUGGAGCUGCCGUUUUUCCUUUGAAGAGCCUGUUUCGUAAGCAGCAUGGUUCAUAUCCUUUGCUUUCACAGGAAAGAUGGAUACCUGUCAAGUCUUAUUUCUUCUCUCCUCAUAGCAAUAAUGUAAAUAUCCUAGAGUGGUCUUAUAAGAAGAGGAGAUCAAGAAUAUGAAAAGUCAUUUCAUUUAUUGAGAAAACAAAUGAUUGCCCUUUUACCCAUUCAUUAUUUAUUUAAUACCAGAUCCCAAUUAUUAGAACUAAGAUACAAAAUAUAAGAAGUCACAAGAAAAUAAGCUUUCUGAUUUGAAUUGUGGAAGCCGGAUGUCCCACAGUCUGCUUUGUAUUCACUGCUUUUGUGAUCCUAAAGAUCUGACACUGGGGGAGGAGGGAGCACGGAAUGAUGGCAACAACUACUCAGCAAUGCAGUCUACUUUUACGUUCUCCUACUCAGUUCCUUGAUAGUUGCCGACCACCCAGUUUGAUAAUCUCCCUUUCAACAACCAUAGCACUGGUGUUGCAAAUAGAUUAGGAAAGCACCCAAAGCUGGAUGAAACUGUGCAAAGUGUAUUUUCGCAUGUACAUACAAUACCAUGCCUCUUCACUAUGCUUCUCUUUAAAUGGGUGCACGCUGUAGCAUGAACUGUGUGCAUAUUUAAUGUAUCUUCCUGGAAUAUGCUGUAUGCUUAAUAUAUAUAUUAUAAAUAAAAUAAUAUAAUGUACAAUAGAAAUACAUAUUUCUGUAUGCAAAUAAAUGUAUUAUACACAAAAUAUUAAUAUGCAAUAUGGUGUAUCUUGCUUCAAACUAACAAGAAUAAAUGUGACACGCCAAAUUUUCAAAGAAAGUAGUAUUUGCAUUUGAAAGAAGAGGUUUCAGAACAGCCAAAAUUCUACCCAUAUUAAAAUUAAGCUGUUUUAUAAUCUUUGAGAGCAUGGCACUGUUUUUAAAUGUCUCUUGAAGGAAUAAAUUAAUAAAUCUUUGCUGGUAUCACCCCACGUGACAACAAUGCUUUCUUCUCCUGUGGCCCUGACAAGCCUCUGACAAGAAUCUUCCCAGCUGGUUUGGCUCCAACAGCUGUGUUGAUCUUGUGUCUGAUUGCCUGAUGAGGCAGCAACCAACCCUUUCUCGUAGUUUCACUCUCUUCCAAAUUAACUGAUUUUAGUGAAAUAAAAAAUAAUCAAACUGGGAGAAAAAGAUGACCUUCAGAAUAUUUUUCAUGUGAGAAACAAGGUACAAAUUGGACAAGCACUGUAUUUUAUAAGCCACUCUUUUCACUUUGGAUCAAUAUAGCAAUUGUACGUUAAAUAAAAACACUUAACAUAAUACUGCAACUUUCCUCAUGAAAUUAUGAAGUAGUUGGUUUGUUCAUAAGUGUUCUAAGUUUGUCCAUAAAUAAUAUUCUCUUUUCUCUUUUAUCCACUCUACCCACAUACCCCAGAACAUUUUAUUUGGCCCAUUAACAUAAGGCUUUAAAAUUAGCCAACAUUGUUAUGAAGUUAUUUGAUAUUGGGCAUGCAAUCUGGGGAGAUGCUCAUAUUUUAAUAUAAUAAGUAUAAACAAUAGAUGUAUAAGAGAUUGCUCAUGGCCGGCGCCGCAGCUCACUAGGCUAAUCCUCCUCCUGCGGCGCCGGCACACCAGGUUCUAGUCCCGGUCGGGGCGCCGGAUUCUGUCCCGGUUGCCCCUCUUCCAGGCCAGCUCUCUGCUGUGGCCAGGGCGUGCAGUGGAGGAUGGCCCAAGUGCUUGGGCCCUGCACCCCAAGGGAGACCAGGAUAAAUACUUGGCUCCUGCCAUCGGAUCAGCGUGGUGCACCGGCCGCGGCGGCCAUUGGAGGGUGAACCAACGGCAAAGGAAGACCUUUCUCUCUCUCUCUCUCACUGUCCACUCUGCCUGUCAAAAAAAAAAAAAAAAAGGCGAUUCCUCUUACAGCCUUUAGAUACUGGGGCAUGAAAUGUAAGAGUGAUUUUUCAGUUCAUUGUAACUUUCUUCCAAUUUUAUGGCAUACUUCAAUGUCUAGUCACAUUAUCACACGAUUCACCCAUAUAAAUCAGUGCCCUUCCUCUAUACGAAAGUAACUUCUAGAGAGAAAAAAAAAAAGUUAGGUUGCCUUCAAUUCCCUUUAGUCUCCUACUAUUCCAGAAAGGUAUUCUCAUUUCAUUGUGGAGAAGUUGAACUGAACUCUGUAUUGAUUAGUUAUCAAAACUUAUUCCUGACUAGACAGUUGGAAUAGGAAACACAUAUUGCCAGCAUUAUGGAAGAACUUUCCAAUUUGUAACACAUAACAGUGUUCACACAAAAAUGGGAGAAAUGGAAUACAGUAUGUUAUGGGACCUAGAUCUUCAUUAAAUCUUGGAAAAUCUGUUCUCUGGCUUCCUAAGUACACACUCACAUAGGAAACUGCAAAGAAAACGAAGGCAUCCGCCUCCUGUGCACCCAUCACCUACUCAGCAAUGUCAUGAAUUCUUCAGAUCGUGGAGAUGAGGAGAUCUUCCGAAGUUUUGCUGAAGGAUUUAAAAUGUAGGUGUGCUUUUCAAAUUGUCAUUAUAAAAUAGGGGAUGACAGCACUGAAUGAAUUGAGCAUCUACACCCCCAAAGAAUUACAAUGGAAGGCAGGGGUGUCUGAUUUAAAUCUCGAUAAUAUUUUAACAAUUUAUAGUUUAAAAAUCCCAAAUGUUGUCAUUAAAUUAAUUAAAGCUGUU